CCCUGCAAACCGACCUUUUCGAUGUGACGUAAUUCUCCUACCUAAGGCUCGCUUUGGUGACGUCAACGCGUAGCCCCGCCUUCUCCCGUCUCCAGGGGGACCUGGCUGCAGGAGGCGGCAUCUCCUCGGUCUUUAUCCUUCCUUGGCCAAGAUGGCGGCCCUAAGUGUAAACAAGGUCGGGCCUGGCUCUGGGAUGGAAGGUGGCAGCAGCAGGCAGAGUCGGGGGGCGGCUGGGCCCGUCGUCAAGGUUCUGGAAUGUGGUGUGUGUGAAGAUGUAUUUUCAUUACAAGGAGACAAAGUUCCACGACUGCUUUUGUGUGGCCAUACAGUCUGUCAUGACUGUCUUACUCGACUUCCUCUCCAUGGCAGAGCAGUUCGCUGUCCCUUUGAUCGGCAGGUUACUGAGCUAGGAGAUUCUGGUGUCUGGGGCUUGAAAAAGAAUUUUGCUUUGCUGGAACUCCUAGAGCGACUCCAAAAUGGGCUUGGUGGCCAGUGUGGAGCAACUGAAGAAGCUAUUAGCCUCUCCGGCGAGUGCAUCAUUCGCUGUGAUGAAGAUGAGACUCAUCUUGCCUCAGUGUACUGCACCGUCUGUGCCACUCACCUGUGUGCAGAGUGCUCCCAGCUUACACAUUCUACCAAGACACUAGCAAAACACAGACGUGUACCCCUUGCUGAUAAACCUCAUGAGAAGACAAUGUGUUCUCAGCACCAGGUGCAUGCCAUUGAAUUUGUAUGCUUGGAAGAAGGCUGUCAAGCCAGUCCCCUUAUGUGUUGCGUCUGCAAAGAAUAUGGAAAGCAUCAGGGUCACAAACAUAGUGUCCUGGAGCCAGAAGCAAACCAGAUCCGUGCUUCCAUUUUAGACAUGGCACAUUGCAUAAGGACUUUCACAGAAGAGAUUUCCGAUUAUUCUCGGAAACUAGUUGGAAUUGUUCAACAAAUAGAAGGAGGUGAACAGAUAAUUGAAGAUGGUGUUGGAAUGGCCCAUACGGAACAUGUCCCAGGCACUGCUGAGAAUGCCCGAUCAUGUGUCCGAGCCUAUUUUUCUGAUCUUCAUGAAACCCUCUGUCGUCAAGAAGAAAUGGCUCUCAGUGUGGUUGAUGCCCAUGUGCGAGAAAAAUUGAUCUGGCUCAGGCAACAGCAAGAAGACAUGACUAUAUUGUUGUCACAGGUUUCAACUGCUUGCCUUCACUGUGAAAAGACAUUGCAGCAGGAUGACUGCAGAGUUGUGUCGGCCAAGCAAGAAAUCACAAGACUUCUAGAAACACUGCAGAAGCAGCAACAGCAGUUUACAGAGCUUGCAGACCACAUACAGCUGGAUGCUAGCGUUCCAGUCACUUUUACAAAGGACAACAGGGUACACAUUGGGCCAAAAAUGGAGAUUCGAGUUGUGACUCUGGGAUUAGAUGGAGCCGGCAAAACAACUAUUUUAUUUAAAUUAAAGCAGGAUGAAUUCAUGCAACCUAUUCCAACAAUAGGUUUUAAUGUUGAAACUGUAGAAUAUAAAAAUCUGAAGUUCACUAUUUGGGAUGUAGGAGGUAAACACAAGCUGAGACCUUUAUGGAAACAUUAUUACCUCAACACUCAAGCGGUGGUGUUUGUUAUUGAUAGCAGCCACCGAGACAGGGUCAGUGAGGCACACAGUGAACUUGCCAAGCUGUUAACAGAGAAGGAGUUGCGAGAUGCUUUGCUUCUGAUCUUUGCCAAUAAACAGGAUGUGGAAGGAGCACUUUCAGUAGAAGAGAUCACAGAACUGCUGAAUCUUCACAAGCUCUGCUGUGGCCGAAACUGGUACAUUCAAGGUUGUGAUGCCCGAAGCGGUAUGGGACUGUAUGAAGGACUGGACUGGCUGUCAAGACACCUAGUGGCUGCAGGUGUACUGGAUGUGGCUUAAGUUCCUUUUUGAGCCAUGAAGGAUGAACUUCAGUUAACUUAUUUGUGUGACUUGAGAUGGUUAAACAUGAACUUUGCAUCUAAAGCUGUGUUUCCUAAAAAAAACAACUAACAGUUCUGCUGGACUGCUUUAUUGGUGUAAUACAGUGAUCAUGCAAUUCCUAUAGGUUUGAAAUUAUGGCAAUUGAAUACAGUGGUUUGGCAGACUUGCAGGAAAGAUGCCUUUAUUUUUAAAGAACUUCCCUUUCGCCUCCCUCCAAUCUCUUAUCACACAAUUACUAUCAGGAUUUGGUUUUUGACAUCUUUCACAGUUAGCCUCACUGAAAUCAUUUUUUUCCUUAAUCUGAAAACAUGCAGACCAGGGCUGUGCAAGCCCUGGUCGCUUCGGGUUUCCAGCUUUGGGUUUACCCGAACUGGGAAACAGCUUCGGGUAAAGCUGCUUCGGAGAUACAGCUUCGUAUAGCUUCGGGUUUGCCUCGGAAAGAUUCAGGUGUCAAUUUCACUUCCGGCUUUUGGGUGCCCUGGGGGGGGCAAUUUCUUUCCGAGGCAAACCAAACUUGGUGGAGACCUUCUCCUACCUCUUCUCUAACAACCCCCCCUAAGUUUUGGAAAGUUUGGACUUUGGGGGGCCAUGUUAUGGCCCCCCAAAGACGGUACCCCAUCCUCCUCCAUUUGCCAUUAUUCCCUAUGGGAAAAACAGGCGACCUUUCUAGGUUGCUAGGGGUGCACCCAACUUUCAGGGGCCCUUCUCCUACCUUUCCUCCCACCCCCCCAAGUCUCAACCUGCUCCCACUUUGGGGGGCCAUUUUAUGGCCCCUCAAAGAAGGUACCCCUAUCCUCGCCUUCUCCAUUAUUUCCUAUGGGCAAAAAAUUAAGAGGCUUGUGUGGCUAGGGGUGGCAUUUUGCAUGCAAAAUGCCCCCAACCCUCAGGGGACCUCCUCCCACCUGUCCUCCCACCCCCCACCAAGGCUCAACCUGCUCCCACUUUGGGGGGCCAUUUUAUGGCCCCUCAAAGAAGGUGCCCUUAUCCUCACCUCCAUUAUAUCCUAUGAGGGGGGGAAAAGAAGAGGCUUGUCAGGCUAGGGGUGGCAUUUUGCAUGCACACCAUUCCCCCACCCCACCCCAAGGGAACACAACUCACUACGCACCAGAGAAUCUGAAAAACACAGUUACACGCAAAAAAUCUUUAUUUCCUGUUGUGAUUCAAGUUACACAGCAAGAACACAACACCAAGGGCAUCGCAGCCCCCCACCCCACCCCAAAGGAACACAACACUACACACCAGAGAAUCUGAAAAACACAGUUGCAUGCAAAAAAACUUUAUUUCCUGUUGUGAUUCAGGUUACACAGCAAGAACACAACACCAAGGGCAUCGCAGCUGCCCCCCCCUCCCCAAAGGAACACAACUCACUACACACCAGAGAAUCUGAAAAACAGUUACAAGCAAAAAAUCUUUAUUUCCUGUUGUGAUUCAAGUUACACAGCAAGAACACAACACCGAGGGCAUCACAGCCGCCCCCCCCCACACCAAAGGAACACAACUCACUACACACCAGGAAACACCCCUCCUCCCCCCCAACCCUUAAAAAUCUUAGCUUGGAGCAGACACUCAGACACACACACACACACCAGGAAACACCCCUCCUCCCCCCCAACCCUCAAAAAUCUUAGCUUGGGGCAGACACACAGACACACACACCAGAAAACACUCCUCCUCCCUGCCUAACCCUUAAAAAUCUUAAGCUUGGGGCAGACACACAGACACUCGCACACACCCCAGGAAACACUCCUCCUCCCUGCCUAACCCUUUAAAAUCUUAGCUUGGGGCAGACACACAGACACACACACCAGGAAACACUCCUCCCCCCCCCCAACCCUUUAAAAUCUUAGCUUGGGGCAGACACACACACCAGGAAACACUCCUCCCCCCCUCUAACCACACACACACACACACACACACCAAAUGUAGAAAAAAAAUAUUUAAAAAAAAAUUCACUCCCACCCAGUCAAGCUCCUAAUCCUCCCCUCCCCACGCCCACCAAGACAAUCCCCCGCAAGAAAACUUAAAAUACUUUAAACAGGUACAAACCUCCUCCCACAACCAACAACAGUAAAAAUGAAUCAAGAAAAAAUUCUGAAAAAAUGUAGAAAAAAAUAUUUUUUUAAAAAAAAAUUCACUCCCACCCAGUCAAGCCCUUAAUCCUCCCCUCCCAUCCCCUCCCCUCCCCACACCCACCAAGACAACCCCCCUGAGAAAACCCUGUGAGUCACUGACUCGCUCACCACUCCUGCAGUCCAGCGAUGGUCAGGCGACAGACAGGAAUUCAACGGGGGAAGUCCUCCACAGCAAGACUGCAGAGACGAGAUGCUCGACCAGCCACAGCAGCAGCGGGAGUCUCUCUCAAUCUAGGAAAGAGCAGAAUGGAAAUUGGUUAUUAAAUAAGUAUAUUAACUCUUUAAAAACUACUUCUAAAUUCUAACCCCUCAGUCCCAAAGUGUGGAAGCCAGAGUAAAAAACUAGGCCAAAGCCUUGGCACACACCAGGGAAGCCACCCACUGUAGAAAUGAAAGGCAGGCACAGUAAAAAAAAACUUUAAACAGAGCAGCAGUGGGCCAGCUUCAAGUUAACCUCCCCCCCCAACCAACUAGGCCAAAGCCUUGGCACACACCAGGACUUGGCAUGAGUCUGCCCCUGGGAAGCCACUGUUAAAUUUAAAAAAUAAAUAUAAAAUGCAAACUUAAAACAAAUCCUUUCCCAAACCCAUUGCCCCCAACCACCCCCUCCCCAAAGAUCAAAGAAUCUUGUGAGUCAGUGGGACUCACCAGUGAGAUGCAGGGCCAGUCAGCAGCGCUCCGCAGCAGGGUCCUCCUCUUCCAAUUUCUGUCCAGGCAAGCCGCUCUGUCAAUGUCAGGGUAAAUUGGAAGAUUCCUAAAGGGAGGCCUCCAAUUUAUAGCCCUGCACUGCAGCAUUUUAAAAAAGGCACUCUACUUUCAGAGAAUCCCCAUUGGCUGGGCUGGAAGGAGAAUGCUACUGCAGGAUUGGCCACUCCUAACCCUUCCUCCCCCUUGCACUCAUUGCAAAGUCUGCAAACAGUGCAAAGAAUCUCUUCAAAUGUGCAGGUUUGCACCGUUUGCAGACUUUGCUUGCUUCUUGCAUUGGCAAUGGAGAUCAAGCAGCUAGCAAAAACUCCCGCCACUUUUUCAGGGAUGGGAGGGGGAAGGAGGAGGUUAGAGUGAGUCACUCACUACUCCCCCCUCUCCCCUCUCCAAAGCCGGAGCUGGAAGCCUUGAAUAGGCUUCAAAACGUUGCCUUUUUUUUUUA